AUGUAUAAAAGGAAGUUCUCGUCUAGAGAAGGCGCUCAAGGCGACGUUUCUCCUAGGCAGGAUACGGCCUAUACUGCAAUGGCAGUAACAACGGUAAUUGCUGGCGUUGCCGGCGUAACAGCUGUCACAACAGUUUGCUCUUUAAUGAUUGUUGCCUACCUCGUCAACGAUAUCAAUAGUUUCUAUGAUCAAGCACUAGAAGAGCUUUUGGACUUUAAGGACAUUGCUAAUUCUGCCUGGUACGAGAUGAGACCAACCGAUGACCUCUCAAGAGACAAAAGAAGAGCUAUCUUUGGCAUUUCUCGACAGCGCAAUCGUAAUCGCCGUCAGUGGCCAGCACAUUGUGCUUGUGGAGCUGCGCCCAAUUUGUGCCCUCAGGGGCCUCCAGGUCCACCUGGAGAGCCUGGGCCGGACGGAGAGCCUGGUCUUCCUGGUAAACCUGGGCAGCGCGGUGUUGAUGGAAUCUCAAUCAGCUUUGGUGGUGGGGCUGGUGGAUGCAUUAAAUGUCCUACUGGACCGCCUGGACCACCAGGACCAGAUGGAAGAAUGGGACCGCCUGGACCACAAGGUCCCCCGGGAAUGGCGGCUCCGAGUGGCGGAAUGGGACCUCCAGGUCCACCUGGACCUAUGGGAGACCCAGGACCAGCUGGACCGAUGGGGCCACCUGGGCCAGACGGACCACCGGGAAUGUCAGGGCAACGCGCUGUUGGAGUGCAAGGGCCUCCUGGACCAGCAGGACCUAUGGGACCGUCGGGACCACCUGGACCUGCUGGUCAAGACGGUGGCCCUGGACUGCCUGGACCACCGGGACCAAUGGGGCCACCCGGAAGGCCGGGACCACCAGGCCCAGAUGGAAUGCCUGGCGCUCCAGGUCCUGCUGGCGUUCCUGGUGGAGAUGCUGCUUACUGUCCCUGCCCAGCACGUACGAACCGUAUAAUGAGAGAAAAUCGUCACGGAGUAUCACGUCAUAGGACUCUUGCCGCUAUGGCCGCCGUGAGAAGACGAGUGGUACGAGAUCCCCCUCGUCGACACAUUGGUAGUAUCAAAACACAAAGGCGUGUUAAAGCCCGUACCUCCGCUCGUAUAAUCCGUAAACAUUGA